AUGCAAUGGCGGCGAAGCAGGUGCCGAGAGGACAGCAUCCAACCGUUUGUAGCAGCUGUCGGAAUCGGCUUACCAAUCGCAGCUUCACCCAGAAAAGUUACGAUGGUUGUACAUCAAUCAACAUGGUAUAAUGGACUUGCAAAAUGACCUCCACCCAUUAGAUUUUUUAACUCGGAUUUUCCUUGUUGUUUUUAUUUUCUAUUAGCCCAGUACCAUGUGAUUAUCCAAAAUGUGGUGAACCUUGAUGCUAGGACGAAAGAGAUAGAUAAUCUUCAUAUAUGGAGUGCUUCAUCGAUUUUCGGACGGAAGGAUGGGCUUGUUUGACUUCAUGUCUACGUGUGUAAUUGUAGAGUCUGGACGUCAGUCUUCCACCGCCAUGCUGAAGAGAUGAUACUUGCACAGGUAACUCUAUGUGCAUAGAAAAUAGAGCAACUCACCCCCAAUAGUUACUUGGUGCGGGUUGAUAUUUAGUUUUCCUCCUUCAUGUUAUUGUUAUCCUUGGACAGUCUAAGAGAUUAAUAGACUUCCUCUGUCGACGAGGCCAAGUCUAUUGUCGCAUGACGUGUGGCAUGGGGAUAAUGAUUGUCCAUAAGGAGCUCGGAGCCAGCUGUGAGCUGUGCCCCGCGUUGAAUUUAGAAUAUCAAAACACAGCCAAACAACACCUACCCUCUGAUAUUUUUGGUUGUGCCUGCCUGCAGAUGUUUCUCUUCCCUCUCCACAAACGCCUAUGAUCUCUGUCUUGAUCGAGGAGCGUGCGCGAGAGAGCCAAGGGAGCUUUCGAGACCGGUGACUUGUUCGAAUAUAGAGCACCCACAAGCGGUGCUUAUGCUGCGUGUCGAAACUCCACCGCUUGUCGACUACACAGCGGAUAUGGUGAGGUCACAGACCCCAUUGAUAUCGUUGUGUCUCCACGUUGUUCUGCUGAACAAGACAAUGUUGGAUUAGCAAUGCAGCUCGUAUGAUUAAGGUGCACUUUGUUGUUUAACGUUAUUCGUGCCAAGCCUGAAGAUCGUUUUUGAACCUCAAGCGCAGGAGUGUUGUUUAGGGGCUGUUUUCACCACUCCUAUGUGAUACUGCUCCUGGGGAGGCAAUCCAAAAGGAUCAUAAAGGUAGAAGCACGCGCGUCACACUGGUUCGCCACAUAGAACACAGCUACAACAGAGAACAUAUGUCAUCAUUAAGAAUGUCCAUGCGAUUCAGUCGUGCUACUGACUUACACGCUCAUCUUCAAGGAAAAUUGAAGAAAAAAGGUGGUCAAAAGUUUGUUGGCAGACCAUUCGAAAUCAUAUCGUGGGCUAUCUUUUUCGUAUCCUCAACGACGACCAAUAAGCACUAUCGAAAGAAGGAGAAUAACCGCAAGUUCUCGACCAGCAUGAUUGAAGAGGGCUUGCAGUAACCUAAACCGAUUUCUUUUUUCUCCGAUGGUAUCCUGUCCAAGAUAUCAGUUUGUGACAUGUUUA